UGAUUACUCGUCUUAUCCUUCGACCAUUCAGUCAUUACAUAAUCCCUGGCUUUUCUCUGGUGCCACUGCAGAUGGCGCUCAACAACUCUAUGCGCUUUAGCUCUUUCUCUGCUCCCAGAAAACCUCGAAUUCCAUGUUUUAGAAGUGCAGGUUUCGGUUUAUUUUCGUCUGCGCGUAAUACCCGUAAAUUUUCUGUUAGCAUUCUUGCAGAUUCCACACCGAAAGCACGGUUUGUUGCGAGGCGGUCUGAAUCAGUUUCUGUUCAGCAACUCGAACGUCCACUGAGGGAGUAUAUGAGCUUGCCUGCAAGCCAGUAUUCUGUGUUGGAUGCUGAGCGGAUUGAACGGGUUGAUGACAACACCUUUCGCUGUUACGUGUACCGGAUCAAAUUCUUUUCUUUUGAAGUCUGUCCUGUCCUGCUUGUUAGAGUUGAAGAGCAACCUAAUGGCUGCUGCAUUAGACUCUUGUCCUGCAAGUUGGAAGGUUCACCAAUCGUGGUUGCACAAAACGAGAAAUUUCAUGGAAAUGCAGCUUCAAUGGUGAAUCAAAUAUCUUGUGGUAGUGAGCAGAGUGACUCAGCAGUCCAGAAGCUAACCUCAGAUACAGUCAUUGAGGUUACCAUUGAUAUUCCAUUUCCAUUUCAACCAAUUCCAGUGGGAGUGAUUGAAUCAACUGGAACUCAAGUCCUUGAACAAAUAUUGAGGAUAAUGCUUCCCCGGUUUAUGACACAGCUUGUAAAGGAUUACCAAGCAUGGGCUUCUGGUGAUACGUCAAGGCAGCCUCUUGGAACCGGGAAGAUUUGAUUUUGAAGCUUGGAUGGGACGCCGGUUUGAGUUUACCAUCAUCAUGUUGGACCUGCAGGCUACACACUAGCUGAGCCUUAUCCAUGUUUUUAUGUAUUGUAGCUGUUUAUUUCUCAGAUGUGGUCUUGUUCUCAAACAAUUCUUGCUUCUUUUAAGUAUAAAAAGAGAAGGAAAAGAGAGAAAAUUUUGAAAGAAGAGAUGUUUUUCCAGAAAUAAUGGUCCCGGACAUUGGACGAAGACCAAAACCGCUUGCCGCUGCCCUAUGUGUAUGUGAUGGGGCAGGUGUUUCUCCCAAUUCCAAAACCCUUGAUUGUUAUAUCGAUAAAAAAAAAAACCCGUUUCAAUAAAGGA